CAAAAAUAACAAACAUGACAUGAAUGAUAAAAAUGAAAGAAAAGCAUCGGAAACGACAGAAGAGUCAGAAGAAAAAAAUGAUUUUGCGUUGAAACUAAUUUUUAUAUCGCUGCAUGUAAUCGUUUAUUUGUCUGUCUAAAGAAUUAGACAAAAAAAAAUGCAUGUGGUUUUUGAGUCUGAAAAUCGCUGAGUACUACAGUUUCUAAGAGCAAGUUCACUCGUGUUGGAAAAAAGUGGUAGAAAUUUUGACAUUUUUAGUACAUUUUGAAAACUUUACCAUACUUACUUACUUACUUAAUGAUCCCGCGCCGAUCCUCCGGUGCAUAGGGCCGUGGUAAAAGACCUCCACUGUUGACGAUCCGGAGCCAGCGUCUUCACUUGGUCCCAGUCAAGAUUCUCGUCGACAGUUCGGAUUUCAGCGGCUAGGCGUCGCCGCCACGAGUUUCUGGGCCUGCCUCUUCUUCGAUGACCUUCUGGAUUCCAAUCUAGCGCCUUUCUGCAAAUCUCGUUUCCAUCUCUUCGCAGCGUGUGCCCAAUCCAUCUCCACUUACGUUCCCGAAUCUCGAUUUCUAGCGCCUUUUGAUGACACCGGCGAUGUAGUUCCUCAUUCGAGAUCCAAUUGCCAGGCCACCAAGCGCGGAUGAUAUUCCGCAGGCAGCGGUUUACAAAUACUUGCAGUUUUCGCGUCGUUACCGCAUAUGUGCACCAAGUUUCGCACCCGUACAGCAAUACGGAUUUGACGUUUGAGUUGAAGAUUCGGAUCUUAGUUCGUAGAGAGAUCUGGCGUGACCGCCAGAUGUUUCGGAGACUCGCAAACGCAAAUCGGGCCUUUCUGAUCCGGGUUUCGAUGUCUUUACCAUGACUUUACCGUGCAAAAACAUUUUCAAGAUCUGCGGCCUUCAAGUAUUUUUACUACACGUGUUCUAUUUUCUCAUGCUGUGAUGCAAAAAUAACAAUAUUUCUAUCACAUACGGUUGAAAUGGAAAGAGUGCUGUAAAAAAAUACAACGCCCAAAGAUCUUGAAAACAUAUUUGCAUGGUAAAAUUUUCAAAAUGUGCUACAAGUGUCAAAAUUUCUACCACUUUUUCCCAACACCAGUGAAUUUGCUCUAAUUAGGUUUAUGGAUAUUUCAAACAAAACUCUGCUUCGCAAAUUCAGAUUUUGAUAUGUAUUAAAAUUUAAGCCACAUUCAAAACAAAUCCAUACUCCCAUAAAAGAUAGCUAUCGCCUUGUUAGAAUAGGCGUUAAUUCAAUAAACAAACUAAUUGAGCACUAUCUCGGUUGUAAAUCUAUCUGAUCUAUCCCAACAACACAAUUUCGAGCAGACAUUGUCCGCUAACGGUGUUGUCGCAAAUGCGAUUAAGUGCAUUUACCUAAUCUGUCACCAACGGUUUCCGCUCGACUAAACAACAACAACCCAUUUCGUAGCAUGCCACGCGUUGCCAAGGCAGCGAUAUGUUUGGCCUUUUCCGUGAUGUGUAUACAUUCAAUCGUGAAUUUGUAUCCUUUCGUGGGUCUCAUUAAUGGCCGAGCUACACAUCCUGGGACAACUUUGCCACGCAUCGGACUUUGCUGAACUGAAUCUGUUCUGCAGGUGGAGCAUUCAGUUCGGAUCCUGCUGGAAGGUGAUCGAAGGACAUUCGGAGGGACAAACCUGUGCGAGUACGGCUCGAGUUGAGCAGCGGUCCCAUUUUAGUACCCCCAUCGAUUUGCAUUUGGCCUGUCGUGGUAUCCAGGGUUGGCCAAAGGUUUACAUUGAAGUUUUCGCGAUUAACGCUUUCGGAAAUUACUGGCCUGUUGGAUACGGAUUUGGGUUUCUGCCGACGCAACCGGGCUUUCAUAAACUUUCGAUUGCUACGUGGAAGGUUUCUUCUGGGAAAUUUCUAGAUCGAAUAAGGGAAAAAUUUCACACCGGAGGUUUUACGGUCGCCAAAAGUGAUAUCGUGUUUUCCGGCAUUGAGCGAUAUAAGCUUCUGACACAGUCUUCUGGGACGGUGGAGUUGGAGUUGAUGUUGAUAUUCAAAAACUUCGCUGAACAUGGCGUUGAAAUGCGGUAG